GCGGUUUCUUUGUGAGCAGCAGCAGCAGCAGUGGGCAGUGAAGGACGAGUAGAGCAAAGGCAAGGGUCAUUCAGUUGGGUGCCGUCACCGUGAGCUGAGGUGUAGCAGCGGCGGCGCAGACUAACUCUCAGUCUUACCCCGAGAUCGCCAGUGUGAAGAACACGAGACCCUGGCACAGAAUGCGGGCGGUUGGCUGGCUGCCCCUUCCCCUCCCCCUCACCCUCACCCUCACCCUCGGCCUCACCCUCGUCCUGGCGGAGGUUCAGGGUGACUCUAUCGCUCCGGGCAUCAGGGUUCUUCAAUCGAGGCCCAAGAGACAAGAUUCCCGGAUUAUCUUCCCCGACUCCCAAAGCGGCCCCGGUAUGUUUGUUCCUCGCCCUCCGCCCCUCGUCGAGCCUAGCCCAGAGGAAGGACCCGACACGGCGCUCGAGCUGCCUGAGGACCUCGAUCUCAACACCAUGGGCAGGCACGACCUCUCGGUCAUCAAUGCCAUCGAGAACAUCACGGCCUUCGCGAACUUCUUCGGCAUCACACUGCCUUCCCAGGACGUGGUCGACAAAAGCUUCCAGAUUGGCUCCAGGAUGGCCAACGACGUGGGAGACGCCGCCGAGAUGGCCACCAUGGCCACGUGUAAGCCGGAGAUCCGCACGGUGGAGUUGGACCUUCCUUCGCAGGCCAACACCUUGUUCUACCCGACCUGCGUGAGGCUAGAGCAGUGCGGCGGCUGCUGCUACGGCCCGCUGCUCACCUGCCGCCCCAAGCUCACUAAGGUGGUCAGGUUUAAGGUGCUGAAGACUGUAGUCAACCGCAGCAGCAACAUUGACUCAGCCCGGUCACGCAGUGAUAGCCGACGACAACGACGCCGAAGACGCCGCCGCCGCCGAGAGGUUGUUCCCAGCUUCCACGUGGUGGAAGCCAUCAAGCACGUGCAGUGUGAGUGCGGGUGCAAGGUGCAAGAGCAGGACUGUAACCCCACCAUACACAACUACCUACAGAGCGAGUGUGCCUGUGUCUGCAAGAGGAGAGACGAGAAGGCGAAGUGUGAGCAGCAGAGCAGCAUUAAAUAUUGGGACAACGACUCUUGCGCCUGCUACUGCCGCAAGCCCGUGGACUGCGGCACCGGAGAGUUCUUCUCCCAGGACUCCUGCAAUUGUGAACGGCUGGUGGCUCGCGGCGGCUUCGCAGUGGACACAGUGGAAGGCCACGUAGAGAGAAGCAGACCCUUUGAGAGACCAUCCCGACGCAGACCAGUUCGAAUCCCACUCCGUCACGAGUCACUCUCCAACAGACCAACGCUCCUCAACAUCCUUCACUCUCCCCGCCGUGAAAUUUCGUUCUAAUUACAUCGUAUCACUUGUCACGCCCUCUGUCACGCUCACAUUCCCUUGUCACGCUCACAUUCCCUUGUCACGCUCCUUGUUAAGCUCCUUUGUCAUGAUUUAUUUUUACGCUUCUUAUUGUCCUUUCUUGUCAUGCUCCCUGUCACGAUUCUUGCCAUCUUUUUUUUUCCCAACAGUCUCUAAAGCAUUUACCGCCAUCAUCCACCCUCACAUCUUCCUAAUAGCAAAUGUUGGUGAUCAUGGAAAAUAUUGUCAAACAGUGGAAAUUUUUAAGAGCAAGGUUGGUUUUCUCGUUCCUCACUGUCUCAAGAGCUGCAAUUUUCAUUUGCCGUUACCAUUCGUCACAUCCACGCCUUAUUAUUAAUUGCUGGGGACUAUGGAAAAUAUUGUCUACUGAAGAGUUUCGAAGAGUAGGAUUAGUUUUCUCGUUCCUCUCUGUUUAUAAAGCCCAGAUCCGCAUUUACCAUCACCUCCUGGCAGGCCCACGUCUUCCAAAUAAUUGUUAGUGAUCAUCGAAAAUAUUGCAAAUCGGUAAAAAGAGUUAAAAAUCACGAUUUAUUUUUUUCUUCCUAAAAUUGUCUAACUAUCAGGUCUGCGUUUACCACCACCACCCCUUACAUCCACUCUCUCCUAUCCUCUGACUCAGAAGCAAGAAUAAUUUCCCUGAAUCUCACACACAUCCACACACACACACACACACACACACACACACACACACACACACACACACACACACACACACACACACACACAUGUCCUGAUCCACUUUUUUCUCGCUUUCAUGAAAUGUUGAAGAAAUAUAACCUCAUAAGAAUCAUCUCAUAUUCCACUCCCAUCUCGUCACUUUUAUAAAACCCCUAUGCUAUAUUAAUCCCCCUCUGUUACACUCCUAAAUGUCUUAAUCAUGUUUCAACUUUCCAAAAAUAGUGUAUAAGCAUUUCAUCUCAUAUUCAUAGUCUUAAGAUCAACACCAUGUCCUCUACCUCCUUAAAACACCUUCAAUUCCUGCAUCUCGUCGCCAUUGCUUAUUGCUGGAGACACCCUCAACACUCAAUCUCGACUCCUGAUUCACUUGUACACUCCCUCCUUUGGCUCCUCCCGUCUCCUUCCCUCUUGAGCCUUGUUAGAGAGGUUUAUGGUCAGGAGGAGCCGUGGUCAUAAGUCGAGCACCUUUCCACACUUAUCUCCACUGUGCUUUGCGUUUUCCAUCAAUCUAAAAUUGUCUGAUCUGCUGACAGUCUUAAAAGCCCUAUGUUCAAUUGACGAUCUUAUUAUUUUGUUUAUCUGCUGACAGUCUUAAAUGUUCUCUAAUCUGCUGAUAUCUGCUGACACUCUGGAGUCUCCUGACCUGCUGAAAAAGAGAAUCCUGAUAAUUGUUGGAUUUUCAGCUCCUCAGGGGACUCAAAAGGUGAGGAAGGUCGCUAACACAUUGGGAAAUAAGUGUGACGCGUUCACUAACUUUUGACUUUCACUGUACACACCACUUUGCUAUUUUCCUACAUUACUCUAGAUAAAGUGUUAUGAUAUACUUAAGAUUGUAUUUAUUUGUAGUAUUUGUAGUAUUGAAUAACUAAAAAGAUGAGUCUGA